AUGAUAUGUUAUAAAGAUUUAUUUCAUUCAAUACCAUUAUAUAUUGAACAAAAUAUUCUUACUACAAAUAAAAUGCUUGAUCAAACUAAACAAUUAGCUUGGAUUUUAAUAGGAUUCGCUAAUCGUGUAUUUAAAAUACCUAUUGAAAUAUUACAUCUCUAUCGAGAUAUUAAUGGAGCUCGUAUUACAUUUAAUGACCAUCAUGCAUUAUUUUUUAAUCUUCGUCAUUAUGAACAAGGUGUGGGUGUGGGUGUGGGUGUAGAUGUAUGCUAUUCUUCCUUUAACCUACAUCCACACCCCAUACCCACACCCUCGGUUCUUCUCAAAGAGCUUCUCUUUGAUGUGGAGUAUGACAAAUCAGAUAGGCGCCUCUUUGUUGAUUUCUUUCGACAUAUCUAUCAAGAUCAUAAUGACGAGUACAAUGAUUGUUUGGUGUGGACAGAAAUAUGUUCCUUUCUUUUUGACCCGAUCGUUAUGUUUCUGAUCAUCUAGCAUGCCAAAGAGUGACUUCGAUCAGUUAAUUAAACACCAAGGUGCUCUUCUCUUAUUCAAUAGUUUCGUUUCGACUGGCAUUGAUCGAGCUGUCUCCCUUGCGUUUGCUGGUUGUACGAAUAGCUUGAUGAAAACUGUUCUAUUUGUAAUUGAAAUUGAUAUGAGUGUUUGCUCCAGUCCGUAUGCUUCAUUCGAUAGUGAGAUUUAUUUUAAAGGUCAAAAAUGAGAAAUUCUUCUCUCGAUGCAUAGUGCUUAUCGAAUCGGAGAUAUAAUUCAACUCGCGGGAGGAAUGUGGCAAGUUCGACUUCUAUUAACUAACGAUGAUCAGGAUAUUCAACAGGAUUACAAUGGCUCAUUCGAAUCAUGUCAUAUGGGUGGUGAGCGAAUGGAAGGAAUCAGUCGAAAUCUAUGAGUAACUGCUAGUCUCGACACAAGCUAAUGACAAAUCAAAUCUUGUUCAUCUACAUAUCUAAAUUGGAUCCAUCUUUUUUCUUCAUCUCAAUAGCAAUGAGCAAGUUAUUUUGUGAAACACGAUCUAAAAGGAGUAUUGAAGUAUAGAGGUAGAAAUUUAGACCCGUCUUCCACAGACGUGACAGACAUAGUCUCAAAAGUGUAAUGUAUUAUGUAUUUUUAUAAAUUACUAAAAGAGAAACUCAUAAGUUUAUAGUAAAACUGAAAAUGUCCAGGGAAAUAUUGAUUGAAUUUUAGAUGAUGAAUCAAAGUGAAUAUUGAGUAUAUACAGUAUGGAUCUAAAUCAAUUUGUUGAACAUAUGGUUUCUAUUAGUAACAGCAGUUAUUUAGAAGAGUUUACUGAAUUUUAUGGUGGAUGCAAGCAUUUAAUUCAUUUUAUUAAGUUCAGUAAUAUUUUUUUAUGACAUGCAACUUGAAUGACUUCCAAUUUAUUUAAUGGAAUGUAUGAAGAUUAAAUCUCUUAUUAGAAGAUAAAUUAUUGUCAAAGUAAUCCUUUAUUAUGUCAGAUAGAUUAUGUAAACAAAUGUACAAUACACACAACAACAAAAGAUUAAAAUAGAGCUACAACGAUUAAAGCAGAAUUCAAUACGAAAAAGUUUAACUUCGUAUAUCGAAGCUGCUUAAAGACAAUACCAAAAUAAGCAAUCAUCCUUUAAUAUUGUUAUCAUCUGCAUGUUAAAUUUGAUGUUUGUUCAAAGUCAUUAAUUUCCCUUGACCUAUUCAUUUAUGUACUACUGGCAUUAUAUGCUGCGAUGUGGUUAUUGGAUAAAGAGCAGGGGUAACAAUAUUCGGAUGAAUUCGUUGAUCGUCAUUGAUUCGUAAGAUUUUGUGAAUUAGUCGAAUGAGUUCUUCUCUGUAUACGCGAGCUGAAAUGAUGUACAAGAAAAAGGUUGUUGCAUAAGAAAAAUGAAAAGGAUGUAAAGCAAUAAUGUUAGCAAUGAGUAAAUCUCGUUGGAGCUAAUAUUCAGUCGACAAGAACAACAUUAAAUAGAUUAUACACUCAGGCAUAUUGAGUACCAUAAACGUAACCACUUGGAGAAGUAGCAUUCGAGCAAGUUGUCCUUCUGUACGACGAUGACGCACAGUUGUUUCAGGGAUAAUACGCAGUUUAUUUAUAUUGUAGAUGGUCAACAAGCCGAAUAAUCCCAUAAGGCAUGGUGUGACGGCAGCGAACUGGAUAAGCUCUACCAAUACGUAUAUUGUCUUGUAGAGAGUGUCACUUCGAAUGUUGCAUUUAAGUCAAUCAUCUUCGCGCAAAUCACACACUAUAAGAGCGUUAAUACCGAAGAGAACGUAUAAACCAGUUGAAACUAGAAUCAUCCAUCGAGCUACAACCACAUUGCUAAAGUUGCGUGGUCUAACACUUGUCGAACUAGCACAAAACCGGUCGAUCGAUGCAAGUACAAUGUAGUAGGGUGACAAGUUUCCAUUUGUAACAUUAAUAAACUGAAUCAGUUUACACCAAAAAAGGGAAACAGCUUGUCCAUCGAUUUGAUAUCCAUCAGCUAGUAGGUUAUAAGUAAUCAAGAUUGAAUGGAGAAGAUUGUUAUAAGCAAGAGCAAGAAAAUAGUGAGAACAUGCAUGGUUACGUAGAUUGGAUCGAGUAAGUAUAAUAAUGUUGAUAGAGUUGCCCACUACACCCACAAUGAUAGUGAUAGGGUAAAGAAUUCGUGCCAGUUGAAUGGAAAUUUCAUUGAACGAGUUAGACAUUUCUACUUGUUCAAAUUCUUCUCAAAUGAAGAGAAAUAUAUUUUCUUAGUAGUUUAUCAACUCACUCUUUUCUUCUCAGACUUAUCAUAAUAUCCAAUUUAGAAAUGAAGAAUUUCAUGUCAUGUCAAGCUACUUAUAUUCUUUUAUAAAUAUAUAUAUAUAUAUUUAUUGUGCCGUACAAAAGUUUUAGUUCACAAUGAAGUGAAUAAAAUUCAUUUUGAUAUAUAAGAAUAAAAAGAAAAAGUAGACGAAGAAAGAAAGUAUAAAGAGCAACGACUACAUAAAGACACAUGAUGAAGAUGACGAAGGUGACAAUAAGAGAGAUAGAAAACAGGAAAGGUAUAAAAAGAAUAGAGAAACGUUAUACCAGUGCACAUAAAGAAAAACACGUGUGAGUAUAAUCACGAGUGAGAACAAUCACAACUUUAUUUCCUUAUAGCGCAGAAGACAAAAAAUAUUUAAAUACAACAGUAUUUAGUAUAUUUGUGGAAUUUCUAAAGCAGUCAUAUUGCUUGAUAUGGACACAAUCAAAUUCAGACCAAUCAAUAAGACAAUAUCUAGCCUGCCUAACUAAUCUGUAAAGGAAUACACUAUUCUUUCGAAAACUCAUUUCCUUGUACCAACCAGAGCCCGACAUAGAUCAAAAUUUUCUGACUCGACCCGAGAUCAAAUAUACUUAUAGGCCAAUUAAAGCAAGUUGUUUUCAGAGAUUAAGCGUUUUUUAAAUACAUCGGUACACAUACUCACAAAAUUCACAAGAACGAAUAACUUCGGUUUUCAUCAUUUGAAAGAGAAGAUAAAGAUGUAUCGAAACGUACAUUAUAGGGUUUUCUCAAUAUGCUAUCUGAAUUUUUGAUUAACCCUUUACCCUCAAUGGGUCAUAUAUGACCCAUCUGUAGAACGAUCCCAGAAAAUAAAGAAAGCAUGAGACUGAAAAACUUCCAAGACAUUAUUUGUAGGUAACUUCACAAGCUAUACAUUGGUAAAAAAAAUAUUUUGUAUUAUUGCUCUACCUUUGAGAUAUGUGAGUUAGAAAAUCGAUAAUUUUGCAAAAAAUGCAAAAAUUCGAAAUUUUUUAAACAAAAUGUUCUCUACUUGCAGUCGGUAGAGGUCUUUUGGAAUUUCUGCGUGAUAUUAAUCGAUGAAUAAGCCCACUGCUGAAUUAGAUGUGUUUCGAAAGCUUCAUGAUAACUCGGCGAAUUAUACAUACUAAGGAACAUCAUUGACCAUGUAGUCACUGUUAGACAGAUGGAGGGUAAUCAAGAACAAAGUUAAUAUAUGCGUUAUAGACCUCAACUCAUGAGAAGUCGAAAUAGUAUCUAUGAUGAAUUAAAUUCCUUCAGACGUUACAAAAUGCCUUAGAGCAAAAUAGGCUUAAAUUUCACAAAAUGUGUAAAAAAAGCAUGUAUUCUUUGAUGUUAAUUUUUAUUGGUUCACUCGUUACGUUCUCCCUAUUACUUCAACAGUGCGAGAUAGAUGCUGCUUCUGUCCAGUCAAUAAUGUGGUCAAAGAAAAAAAAAUUAAGUCUUGUGAUGUCGUUCAUUUCCCAUUUCCUACCACAUGAUUUGUACAUCAAUCAAACCGCCCUACUUCAGGAACAAGACAUUCGGUGGUUUAGGCCACACCAUUGGCAUAUUCGAUAGGUUAAUACUCUAUUAAUAAAGUUCUUUUAUCAGUGACUCUUCUGGAACCGCUAUGGGGGGUAAAGGGUUAAUCAAAUUUUUAAGUGACGAAAAAAUUGUUUUUUUUUGUCAAAAAGGAAAUAGUAAAAACAAUUUUAUUCACAGAAACUGCUAGAAAAAAAUCACUUAAGAGUUUCAAUGAGAAUACCUAUAACUUCUGAAUGAUUAAAAUAUCAUAGGAAAAACAACUCUUAUAGAAAUUUUAUUAUUAUGAUAUUAGUUGAAGCAUGAUCACAUACCACAGAAAAAUAGAGUAUUGUUUGUAUUAUUCCUGAAAAUAAACAGAAAGUUUCAUAAAGCUUACUAUACUGUAUAAAGGUGUCAUGAUCAUUAUUUUCGGACUGUCUUAAAGAUUUGUAAAACAAUUGGUCGUAACAAUUUUAUUACCUACUCUUUAACGAGAUAUUGAACUAUAUAAUAAAUAGUUUACGUAGGUCUAACCAAAAGUUCUAAGAACAUUAAAUAGUAAUGGAAAAAUAAUGAGAUAUUUUCAAGUUUAUUUUAUCAAAUGCUGAGCAUAGUUGCCAUGAUGAUUUAUGUCCGGGUCAAUCCUUUCUAACAAUUUAUUAAAAGUUUUUUUGACCUCUUUUGUGGAACUCACAUAUAUUUUCGAAGAAAAUAGUGAGUGUAAGUUUUAAGUUCGAGGUUUGGCGGCUCCCCACCCCCUCCUUACAGACAGGCCCCCAUUACAGACCAUAGCAACGGAGAAAGAGAACAUUGCAGACAUACCCCCCCCCCCC